AUGUUCCUACAUCGCAGCAGAGCAGAACAAGCAUCUUGCAAUCACCUCCCACAUACGAGAACAAAACUCUCUGUCACUAGUACCUACACCUAGCUAGCCGUAGCCAUGGCUUCCAACGGGAGCAUGUUGGCCAUGAUCAUCGCGUGCGCGCUCCUCCUCGCCGGCAGCACGUGCCACGCCGCCCGCAACCUGGCCGACACGACGCCGGCAGCCGCCGCUCCGGCUGCUAGCGCCGUCCCUGGACUGCCGGCCGUGCCGACCUUACCCGCCGUGCCCACGGACACGGUCACCCUGAUGCCACCCAUGCCGUCGGUCAGCCUCCCCACCGUGCCGCAGGUGACCCUGCCGCCCAUGCCGGCCAUCGUCGUGCCCAAGACGGUGCUGCCGCCGAUGCCCAAGGUCACCCUCCCCACAGUGACGAUGGCACCGAUGCCCGCGAUUGUCGUGCCCAAGGUGACGCUGCCGCCGUUGCCAUUCGUCCCGAAUGUGAACGUGCCUAUGCCGUUUGCGGCGCCACCCCCAUCGGCGUAGGCGCGCCGACGCGGCGGUGCUCUCGCCCUGUCCAUGAUGUUUAUUGAUGGGGCGCCUUCCAUGUGAGAGUGGCGCCAGGUCACUCCGUGGUCACGGCACACAUGUUCUUACAUGCAAGCUCCGCGUUUUAAGCGUGAUGUAUCACUAGAUCCUACAUUUUGUUUACGUCUCAGUGUAUGUACUCUUUUUUUUUU